CAGCAUUCUAGUUUCCAAGGUCAUGUAUUUUGUCCGCUAUUCAGCGUUCUACUUCCUGAGAUCGUUGGAACGCUUUCGCGUUUGAGGUUUCUGCGGAGCGCUGGACCCUAUGAUGUCAUACUAUGAGAUCACAACGCGUGACACGCGCCAGACUUUAACAACCUACACCCUCGAACCCUUGGCUCUCAAACUUACCAACCUGUACUAUCUACAGUCACCCAGAAACCGUGUUACCACAGCUAGAUCAUUCAUCAUCUGAACAACAGCCGUCAUGUCCAGCUCAACCUUCCAAUCAUUUUCCACAUCCUCGUCCAGCACAACCAUCAACGGCCAAACAACCUCGAAAUCCGAACAAACCUACACGGACCCCAGUGGUACCCGCACUCAGCGCACACAUCAGGCACCAGGUGAAGCGCCUCGUGUCGAGCGAUUUGAAACAGAUGCUGCAGGCAGACAGCUAGAGGACCCUAGACAAGCGGAUGCGAAGCGGAUACAGGAUGUGACAGAGGAGGAGGAUGCCAAGACAAAAGGGAGGCAGUAUGAGGAGAGGAUGGGGGACGAGUAUGCUAAGAGGGAGGGUGGUGCUUGAGUCACGUGCAAUGUCAGUUGUCUGUAAGAAGACACGGCAUUAUGAUGGUAUUGUCAACCUACAAGCUAAUACAGAGCGCCUCUUACUACUUGCAAAUACGAACAACUUCCAGCUUUAAAGGACUUAUUUGUUUGCUAAAAGAGAUAUCGUCAUCCUUGUGAUUCUUACUCAAUGGCAAGCUGUCAUAGCUAUACAGAUCUACUGAUUAGAACCC